AUGGCUUGGAAGGUUCCGCUCGGCUGGCCACCCUCGACGCCCGGCUGCCCUCCAUCUGAUGCCUGGGAGGGCGCGGAGCCUAGCGAAGCGGAGGCUGCAGACGCCGAAGCCGCUGCUGGCGAUGUUUACUUCACGGAAGAGGAGAUUGCCAGCUGGACGGGAAAGCAGGCCGUGCUCUGGCUCUUGGAGGCCGGCAACGCCUUCGAGGCCCUGGGCCUCCGCCCGAAGCCGACGCCAUCGGCGCGCCUGCGUCGGCGCUUCCUCAGGCUCUCGCUGCUGACGCAUCCGGACAAGAACAACGAGCCGGAUGCACCAGAGGAGGCUGCAUUUGCCUUUCAUGAGCUUGCGUUUGCUUUUCACAGACCCUCUCAUUUUGCACUCAUUUCAGAGGAUGGCGCACUUAACUUGCUUUGUAAGAGCCUUCUGAUUUUGCUCUUAGCUGCUUUGCCUGCCAUGGACAACAUUCGUUCUUCCCAGGAGAUCCGCGAUGCAUUGUCCUUCUUGUACAACAGCGACGUGCAUCAGGUUGCGUCUUGCAUUCCUGGUGGGCCCGCCGCGGGUCAACGGAAACUUCUCUUGAUGGCGACGAUGAGCUUUCAGCUCCCUCCGGCGUCGGGCUCUGCAUCGACACAGGACACCCCACAGGAGACAAAGGGGGACAAGGGUGCUGCCAAGGAUGGAGGAGACCAGCCCAAAGAUGCAUAG